GUACUGUUUCACCUUGAUAAUUGCCGAUGUUGUGGGGUUUUCCAUGCGUGAAAAUUCCAAUACCCUUUUAUCUAGAUGCUCCCAUAAAUUCUCGCCAGUCACCUCUGAAGUUAUCUACUGGGAAUCUGAAGAUGAAGUUGUAGGUGUCUCUGAAGUUAUCUACUGGGAAUCUGAAGAUGAAGUUGUAGGUGUAUUUGGCACUUGGAAUUGAGCUUGAGAUUCCUGUGUUUCCAACAUCAUCAACUCGUCAACAACAAAUUGUUGAGCAUUAUCUGUAGAAGUAUCUAGAAUUUUCGAUUAAAUAUAAAUUAUUAGCAAGAGAC